CCUAUCAUUAACAUCUCCUUCGUUUCUAUGCCCCUUCGUCUCAAUCUCUAUUUCCUAGGGCCUAUUCUGUCUCACGACCAAGGGCGAACUCGAAAGGGGAUUCCACUCGCUGAAAUAGGGAGGACGACACGCGGCUUGGCGGUAAACCCCUGUCGACCUGACUGACUAUCUUCAUCACAUCAGUUUCGCGCAAUAUCUCUUGGCGAGAGUCGAUUCGUUCUACUUCUUUCACAGAUUCUGUUCUUUUCUUAAGGGAACUCUUCUUCAAAUCCUUAAUUCGAUCUAUAACACUUGAUCUCCCUUCCGGUAUAAAAAAUCGACAAAUCAAAAUACCCCAGAUGUCCACCAUAAAGCCCCCACAAAUGGCAAUACAACGCUGCUUCACCCUCCCCUUCUUCAUGUCCAUCCUCUCCUUAACCACCAUCCUCCUCGUGCUAGCCCGUCAAAAAGACAGCACCCUGAUUCCCUCUCCCAUCUUAAAUACCGGGAGUUUAUUUCGAUGGGGGGCAAAGGAAGAGGAAAAGGUUAAGGAGGCGAGGGUGCGAAUGGUGGUUUUCGGGGAUUCAUGGGUAGACGAUAGACCGGAAAGUGGUAUGAGCGGGAGGGGCAAGAGUUGGGUGAGAGUUGCUUGUGAGGAGGUGAGUAGUUCUGUAGUCCAGAUUGUACAAGUAUAAAGAAGCUUUUGGAAGGGAGAUUAAUAUCUGAUAGAUUGACUGUGCAUCAUACCUUAACUACGCUUCAUCACAGCCAGUGGAUGAAUAUCCGGCUAAUCCUCCAAAAGGAGCACUAACUAAAAACAAAAUCCAUAUCGCCUCUCACGAAGAGAAAAAACAUUCCCAUGUUAGCUAUGCACCUCUCAACCUUCUUCCGGACCUAGGUCAACAGAUCCAGUCGUAUAUCGCUGAAAACCCUCCUUCAGAGACGCAAGUUGAGACUAUCUUCUGCAUUUCCCACGGUUUCUGGGAUGUUUACAGCCUCGCUAGUCUCGACCUGGAACGAGCAAUCAUCGCAACUGACGCCUCGGUAAAGGAGCUGUUUCAUCAGCUUGACAUCUUGUACGCGCACCAUGCAAAAUCGUACUUGCAUUCGAACACGAAGGUAGAGAACACCAACCCACCUUUAUUCCCAGUCAUUAUCCCACAUCUUCUGGAUCCAUCACUUGUACCAGGAUGGAAAACCCACCGUCCCGUCCCCAUUCCACCAAGUACCAUGGCCGAGCAACAAAGAAACGCUUUGUCCCUCACCUCCCGAUGGAAUAUCGGAAUGGAAAACAGAAUGUUGUCAUGGUUGAAAGAAAUGCCCACAUUCUACAGAAACGAAAUAGAGAAGACAGAACAUCCAAUUAUCGACACUGAAAACCACGAGUCAAGGAAUGCUACGAACGAAGCAGUCACUGUAAUAAAGGACAUCUUCUACUUCGACCUCGCGCAAAAAGUUCUCGAUAUUCUGGCGGAGCAUCAAAUGCAAGUCGCAGGAAUCUCCGACGCGCGAGGUCGCGGAACAAACCCCUCUCCAUAUCAGAACAUCAACCAAGCAUGUCUCCGCGAAAGCGCGAACGAGGAAGAUAACGAGGCAGAUUUUCUGGAGCUGAAUGGCCAUCUAUUAUGCAAAUAUCCAGAGGAGUAUUUAUAUUGGGAUGCAUUCAACAUCGGUUCUCGUGCAAAAGAAAAUAUUGGGAAAGAGCUAUCGAAGAUGAUCAAAAUCGGAGACAGCCUACGGAGGCAGUUCAAUGAGAGAUCUAGUAAUUCUGUCGGGAGUAUUUAGGGCAUUUAGGAGGGGUAUUUCUUCUGUUUUGUCAUUUUAGCGCUGCAAUAAUGGCGUUU